UUGAAAAACUUUUUAAAAAUGAUUACUAUAUCACUAAGUUAGCAUCACAGACAAUUUUGCAAAUGGCAGCACACAUUUUGGCAACUCUAAAUUCUUUAUUACUUUCCAAAUGAUACGGCAACAACUGAAAUCUUAAUGAACUGCUAUAUUUAAUUACCGUUAUAAUAAAUUAAAGCAAAUUUUCAGCUAAAAGGUUAUUUGAUUUGUUAAAAAUAAAAAAUUCAAAAACAAAAUGUUUCCCUUGUAUUGCAAUCAAUGUUUUCGUCGUCAAAAAUAUGAAAUAUCAUUACAACUCUUCGUUUCACGUUGUGGCCAUAUAAUCUGUAAUAAUUGUGCCCAAGAAAAUUGUUGCAUUUGUGGACGGCCUUUUAAAGCUGUAGCCAUCAAUAAGGAAAUGCCACAAUCAAUGGCAGGAUAUUUUUCCAGUCCCAUGUCUCAAUAUCAACACUUUAAGAAAACAUUGAAAUUUCAUCAUGAACAACAGCAACGUCUGGUCAUGCACAUGUGUCGUACGAUUGCCGAAGAAGAUAAAAAAACAAAAAGUGAGCUGGAAGCUCUUGGCAAGGUAGACGAUUCAAUUAUGCUUCAAAUUGAACAUGAACGUGAAAGAAUACGUAAAUUACGCGAGUACAUAGAAUACCAUGAGAGGCGUUUGGAACAGGCUCGUUAUAUGUCGCCUCCAAUUUCAUCUCAACCCCGUACCAGAUAUCAACCAAGGGUACUUGGUAUGGAAGCUGCGAUGCCUAAAACGUCUAAUAAAAAUGUCGCUAAGCGUUUUUCACAAACCAUAAGACCGAAUUUAGUUUUUCCCCAAAGUCCCACCAUAAGUGAUACUAAUAAUAGCAGUUCGGUAACUACGGAAGAAACAAAUGUGGUAAAACCGAUUACUAAAAAGCAAAGAACUCCACCGGCAUUAUUGCCAUUGUCUCAACACAAACUGUCGGAUACUGAAUUUUCAUUUAAUUUAUUAGACUAAUAAGAUCAAUUAUAGUU